ACUAAAUAACUUUGUCACGUUUAGCCAAUGUUCGAUCUAUAAAAUGGCUUGUCUAGGUAUUGGAAGCUUUGGCAUACUAUUUUUAUUAUUCUAUUUCUAUUAUAUGACAGGUAGAUAUGGUGUUUACUGUCAACAAGUAUGUAGCACUGGAUGUCGAAAUACUGCAUGUGAUAACUCCACUGGUAUCUGUACAGGUGGAUGUUUGCCAGGCUUUACAGGAAGCAGGUGCAAUGAUUGUAUACAAGGCAGAUAUGGUUCCAACUGUCAAUCAUCAUGUAUAGUCACCAACUGUAUAGGUAACUGUAACACGACAAUAGGACAGUGUUCUAACUGUACACAGGGUUACUAUGAUACCAACUGUCAACAGUCUUGUAACAGUGGAUGUAAAGACAACUAUUGUAAUAAAGAUACCAGUGUCUGUACACGAGGUUGUAUAAGUCGACGCUAUGGUCCAACUUGUGCAUCAUCAUGUACUAUAACUAACUGUAUUGAUAACUGUGAACGGGAUACGGGAGAAUGUUCUGUCUGUACACAAGGUUUCUAUGGUACCAACUGUCAACAGUCCUGUAACAGUGGAUGUAUAGACAACUAUUGUAAGAAAGAUACUGGUGACUGUGCCUAUGGUUGUACUAACGGAAAAUAUGGUUCCAAUUGUGCAUCCACGUGUGAAGUAACUAACUGUCUUGAUAAUUGUGGCCGGAAUACUGGACUGUGUAGUGCAUGCAAACAGAGAUUCUUUGGUCCAAACUGCCAAUUACCCUGCUCUGAUGAAUGCAAUGGGGGUUGUGAUAAUGUCACUGGUAUUUGUACUAAAUGUAAACCUGAAAGAGUUGGGCCAUAUUGUAACAUGUCAUGUGGAUCUGGGUGUGUCCAAAUUGAAGCGAAGUUUAUAAAAACCUGUUAUAGAAAUGGAACAUGUAAUACCUGUAUUGAAGGAAGACAUGGUGAUAGAUGUGAUCUGAAAUGUAGUACAGGAUGUGUGGCUGGAUGUCGAAGAAUCGGUGGAAGAUGCAGUAAUUGUAUCAAGGGUAAAAGUGGAUCGACAUGUAAUAGAAACUGUGGUAUUUAUUGUACUGCCUGUCAACAAGAUGAUCACAACGAUUGUUCAGAAUGUGUACCAGGGAAGACAAGUAAUAAUUGUACGGCAGAUUGUCCUGCAGGUCUGUAUGGUAUGGGUUGUAAGAAUAAAUGCGGUAACUGUGCUAACAAUACACCAUGUGAUGUUGUUACUGGAGAAUGCGGAACAGUUGGAUGUUUGCCAGAUUUUACAGGAACAACAUGUCAACAAAUAAAGACAAAAGAUGAAGGAGUAAGCCCCGCUGUUGGUGGUGUUAUUGGUGCUUUGUUCGGGAUAGUUGUAGCCACUGUUGUUUGUGUUGUAGGAUUCAUCUUCUAUAUCAAAAGAAAAUAUCCAGCCACGCAAUUGUCAACAGAAGCAGGUUCAUACCAAAUGAAAAGUCGUCCCCAAUGUCCUUUCCGUAACACAUUAGAAACUGUAGGUAGCUUUAUGAAAAAUCCCGUUGAGCCAGAAAUCCAAGCACCUGUUAAACAGUCAGCCAUCAGAUCAUUUGAACAUGUACCCGGCCCCAAGGGACUUCCCAUAUUAGGAACUUUAUUAGACUACUUCAAAAAAGAUGGUCUUCGUUUUAAUAAAAUGUUUGAGGCUUACCAGUCUCGUUCUUUAGAAUUUGGACCAAUAUUUAAGGAAAGUAUUGGCCCUAUUGAUACUGUGGUUAUUAGCGAUCCCGAUGAAUAUAGUAAAGUGAUACGAGCAGAGAAUAAAUAUCCCAACAGACGUGAAAUGGAACCAAUGGCCUAUUAUAGAACGAAGAAAAACCUCACCUUAGGUCUUGUAAAUUCACAGGGUGAAGAAUGGCAUCGACAUCGAACAGUUGUAAUACAGAAGAUGUUGAAAUUAAGCGAAGUUCAAGAUUACUGUCAACCUAUGGAUGUAGUUGCAAAUGACUUUAUCAAACAUCUAGAUGUUUCUCGAGAUGCAAACGGAGAAGUGCAACAAUUAGAUAAACAAUUAUUUAAAUGGGCUAUGGAAUCCAUUGGUACCUUCCUAUUUGAAGAAAGAAUUGGUUGUUUGAACGAAAAGCCCACAGAAUUAGCUCAGGAAUUUAUAGAUACUUUACAAAAAUAUUUCCACCUCAUGCAACAUUUAAUGUAUAACCUUCCACUGUAUAAAUUAUUCCCCACCACCAAAUGGCAAGCCUUUGAAAAAUAUUCUGACAGAAUUAUGGAGAUCGGUCGUGAAUUCGUAAAUAAGAAAAUAGAAAAAAUACAAAGCAGCGAUUCCAAUCAUUCCGAAGAAAAGGGGGCUUUCCUUACUCACCUUUUAUCACAAAAGUCCCUGUCUGGCGAAGAUGCUACAUCAACUGCAGUCGAUUUACUAACUGGGGCUGUGGAAACGACAUCUACAGCAACAAUAUGGUGCUUAUACAAUUUAGCGAAACACCCCGAAGUCCAGAAAACAAUGCAUGACGAAAUUUCACGAGUCUUGCCCAACCAGGAAGAAAUCACACCUCAGAAACUUGCAAAACUUCCUUACGUCAAAGCCGUUUUAAAAGAAACCUUCAGACAAUACCCUAUUACGUUUGCUACAAGUCGUAUUUUACCUGAUGAUUUGGAAGUUGGUGGUUAUAAUAUUCCUGCUGGUACCCAUGUUCAAGCCAAUGUCUAUGGUAUGUACAGUGAUCCAAGUCUGUUCCCAGAACCAGAAUUAUUCAAACCAGAGAGAUGGUUACGUGGAAAUAUGGACAGCAAUUUAAAGUCAUUAUCGAACCUGGUGUGGGGACAUGGUGCCAGAAUGUGCAUAGGAAGAAGAUUUGCAGAACAAGAAAUGUACAUCGUUUUAACGAAGAUCAUCCAGAAAUUUUCAUUAAAAUACAACCACGAAGAUGUAGAAGCCGUCUUAAACACAGUCAUGACCCCUGAUCGACCUGUUAAGAUCCAAUUCAUUCCAAGGUCGUAA